CAGAAAAUGAACGCCUCCUCCUGCUGUGAUCCCGCAGUCAUCAUGUAUCAGCAGAGCUCAGGAUUGGACCUCAAUGCCAGCUGUGACUGGCUGCCUCCUCGCUGUAACUCGACGUCAGCAGACGAAGCGCCUCAGCUGCCUACCUUUUCUACAGCGGCCAAAGUCAGAGUGAUUGUUACCUUCAUCCUGUGUGGCAUUUCUACUUUUUGCAAUUUGGCUGUGCUGUGGGCAGUCAACAGCCACAAACGCAAAUCCCACGUCCGAGUGCUAAUAAUCAACCUAACUGUGGCCGAUCUCUUGGUCACCUUCAUCGUGAUGCCAGUGGAUGCGGUGUGGAACAUCACAGUUCAGUGGCUGGCCGGCGACCUGGCCUGCAGAUUCUUGAUGUUCCUCAAGCUGCAGGCCAUGUACUCAUGCGCCUUUGUCACAGUGGUUAUUAGUUUGGACAGACAGUCGGCUAUCCUCAACCCUCUGGCCAUCAGCAUGGCCCGGCAAAGAAACAGGGUCAUGCUGAUGGUGGCGUGGACUAUGAGCGCUUUGUUGUCAAUCCCUCAGAUGUUCAUUUUCCAUAAUGUGACCAUCACGUACCCUGCAAACUUCACACAGUGCACCACUAGGGGGAGCUUUGUUGCUCACUGGCAGGAAACAGCCUACAACAUGUUCACCUUCUCCUGCCUCUUCCUGCUGCCACUGGUCAUAAUGAUUACCUGCUACGCCAGGAUUUUCAUCCAGAUCUCCAAACGGAUGACCAAAAAGAGCUUGUCCUCAAAGGAGCCACACCUCCGUUGCUCAAAGGACAACAUCCCCAGAGCUAGAAUGAGAACUCUGAAAAUGAGCAUUGUCAUAGUGAUCUGCUUCAUAGUCUGCUGGACUCCAUACUACCUGUUGGGUUUGUGGUACUGGUUCUUCCCAGACGACCUAGAGGGAAAAGUCUCCCACUCCCUCACCCACAUCCUGUUCAUCUUUGGGCUUUUCAAUGCCUGCCUGGACCCAGUUAUCUAUGGCCUGUUCACCAUACGCUUCCGCAAGGGGCUGAGGAGCUGCUACCGCAAAGCUGUAGUGAUGUCAGACCCAGAAACUAAUGCAGUGAUAAUGAAAUGUACUCCCACUGCUUUGCGCUCAAAAAGAGGGUUGACCACUGGUGAAAAGGACGGCACCUAUGGACAGACAGAGCUGACAUCCUCUGAGGGCAGGUCUCUGACUGUGUUAGGUGAAGAAGAUGGACAGCCAUGCCAUUUUAGUGCUGAGAGCACAAUAUGA